AUUAGUGCAAAAGUGCACGUAACAGAUGAUGGAAGGAGCAGAAGAAGGUUUGUGAUCCCACUGGAGUUUCUGAACCACACCAUAUUCAGAGAGCUCUUGAGAUUGUCUGAAGAGCAGCUUGGAUUGCCAAGUGAUGGACCCAUCACCCUACCUUGCCACCCAAGCUUCCUCGAAUACCUCAUCGGUUUGGUCCAAAGCCAUAGAUCCAUACCAGAAGAUAUGGUAAAAGCUCUGCUGAUGAGCAUCUCAGCAGAAAGAAACUCUAGGACCAACUACGAGGGCGUGGACUUCGACAUCGGCAAGUUCAACUCCUCCCCUGUCGCAAACAGGGGACACUUCGUCGUCUACACCGACGACUUCAAGCGAUUCGUCCUCCCGCUAUCUUACCUCGGCGACCGGAAUUUCCAGGACCUGUUUCGUAGGUCCGAGGAAGAGUUCGGCGUCUCCGGCGACGGUCCCAUCAUGGUCCCCUGCGACGCGGCUUUCCUCGAAGACGUCGUUUGGCGAAUCCAAAAGUCAGGGGAUAUCGUCGCUAAAGAUGAAAAUGAUCCGUGGGGAAAUGGGGUUAUUAGCGACGGGAAGAAGGGAUCUUUAGCGACCGCUUCGCCGGUUCGUGGCGCCGGAGGGCGGAAGGCGUUUCGUUCAAGGAGCAGCUUGCUUUCCUAG